GUGCGGAAGUGGAAUGGGACACUCGACACCUCUGUUGCGGGUUAUUUAAAUAUUACAAUCAUAUUGAAAUUAUCGCCAUUGAAGAGUUUUCAAGGUUGUCGUGUUAAACCGCAACAUCUCUCACGAAGAACAUGAACACCGUCAGUUUCAUGGUGUCGUCGGGAAGACGAUGUAUGCAGACAUUCAGACGACCGCCACUCCUUUUACCUGCAGCUUCGUCGAGGGUACAGCGUCGUCUUCAGUCGACGCAACCCGUCUGUGCAGCCCGGCUGCCUUCCAGGGUCAAGGUGCGUGCUGGGAAACGCUAUGCCUGGUGUGCAUGUGGACACAGCAAGAAACAGCCUUACUGCGAUGGAGCUCACAAGACUGAAGCGCCGAGUAUUUCUCCACUUCGAUUCACUCCUGACAAAGACAAGACUGUCAUGCUGUGUGCCUGCAAGCAGACUAAAAACUCUCCUUUUUGUGACGGCUCGCACUUCAAAGUCAUCUUCAGGGAUGUACUCAAGUCGGUAAAAAGCGUUUUCAAAUGAAUAUCAUUCACCUUUUGCUUUGAUUUGCUGUUUUUACCAAUAGUAAACUGUGGAUGAAACGGUAGAAAUAAUCAUAUAUAAUUUAUAUCCAUUUACUGUAUUCAAAAUGGUGUUGCCAAGAACUGUUCGGUCACUUUUCGUCCAAAGACUGGGAUAUACUCUCACGUCACGUAGCUUCCGUCCCCUCUGACCGCGCCUUGAUGCAUUUAUAGAUCAUCCGCGGGGGCUGGCACGUGACUUGCGAUUCUCUCCCAAAAUCCUAAGGGGCACUGGCUCCUGAACGAGCAACCGCAGCUGUCGUUGACUAGAUAUUUAGCUUCUUGUGAAGAGUGAUAAGGCUGAAAUGUACUCUCGCCUCACCUAGUUUGCGUAAGCGACACUCCCCCUGCAUACGUAGACCCUGACAUGCACCUCCCAAAAAUGUUAGCUUCGCAGCGACACGGAACGCACAGCUGAUUGGUCAACUUUUGCAGACGUGCUUGAGAUACACAAUUUAUUGUAUGAGAUAAUGCAGCAGUGAUUGAAUAUUUGCAUGCAAACUGAUAUUGUGUACAGAACUUAAUAUCUUGGUGCGCUCUAAAAAUUAUAACUGAAUACUAGAGAUGUCCGAUAAUGGCUUUUUUGCCGAUAUCCGAUAUUCCGUUAUUGUCCAACUCUCUAUUACCGAUUCCGAUAUCAACCGAUACCGAUACAUACAGUCAUGAAAUUAACACAUUAUUAUGCCUAAUUUUGUUGUGAUGCCCCGCUGGAUGCAUUAAACAAUGUAACAAGGUUUUCCAAACUGUAAAUGUUUCCCUUGACACGCAAUAAUGGUACUAUUGAUUGGACUAAGGCAGGGUUGUCAAACUCAAAUACAGAGUGGGCCAAAAUUUAAAACUGAACAAAGCCGCGGGCCAAGGUUGAACAAAUUAACCUUUUAAUAGGGACCCAAACAAGUUUUGCAUUAAAUAUUGAGCGAGCAAGGCUUAUAUAACUUUAUAGUGACAUGCAAAAUCGAGUUUCAAAUAAUAAUAAUAAAAAUAAAAAAAUAUAAAUGGCAUAACAAAUACAAUUUAAAUAAAAAUGUAAUGCCUCUUUUCUAUUUGCAGACUUCUGAGGUAAAUAUCAACAUUAACAUUUUCCACAGGCUAAUAAAUUUGAAAAUAAAAUAAUGAAUAAACCAACCAUUCAGGACUUUAAACGGCUCAGUUUGCAACACACUGAUCUAAUCUGAUGUGCCCAAGCCAGAUACCUGCCAUCUUUUCUUGGAUGCUAGUUCAUUAAUGUCGGGGCUCAGGCUUUGAGCUGAGGCAACCUUCAUUAUCGAACGAGGUGUUCAUCAGUCAGUAUAUCUAGUAUUCCACAGUCUUGGGGGUGUGCCCUACAGGCACUGAUUUUAACGUCCUCUACGAGUUGUCGUCACAUCCGCUUUUCAUUCCUUCUAAGAACGUGCCCGCCCAGUCACAAGAUAUGAGCGGCUCCUGUACGCACACAUAAGCGAAUGCAACGCAUA